GAAUUAAAAAGCCGGAUGGCAAUGCGGUUUGUGAAGUCUCAGAUUUUUGAUUUGGCGCUCGUCCACUGUCACUGUUCUUGGUCAACAUUACCUGUAUCAUUUUCUUGCAAACACCAAGCAUAAGGAGAGUAUCAGCGACCACAAAAUGGCUGCCACCACCGCAUCCGGAACUGAAACAGUGACUUCUAGAAACAAAGUAAUUGAUUCGCAUCUCCACAUAUGGGCGUCCCCUGAAGAGGCUAAAGAUUAUCCGUACUUUCCUGAGAAAGAACCCACUUUGCCUGGAAAUGUUGAUUUCCUGCUCCAGUGCAUGGAAGAAGCUAGUGUAGAUGGUGCACUGAUUGUGCAGCCCAUUAAUCACAUGUUCGACCAUUCUUUAGUAACAAGCGUCCUGAAGAAGUACCUAACCAAGUUCGUUGGCUGUUGCCUAGCAAAUCCUGCGGAAGAUGGAAGUGGGGUUAAGCAACUUGAAAAUCUUAUUAUGGAGGAUGGCUACCAUGCUGUUCGAUUUAAUCCCUAUUUGUGGCCGUCUGGUCAAAAGGUACUGAUCUUAGUGCAAGAACAAUAAUUGCUAGCUAUGUUAACCUGUCAUUUCUUGUUAUAUCUUCUAGAUUUACUUCUUUACAUUUAAUAAAUGUGUCGACUUCUACUUAGGCGAAGUAGCUUAUAAACAACCUGUAGUGACUGACUUGU